AUGUCCAGAGUGAGUAAGGACGGUUUAGUUCGACAUUUUUUUCAUAGACCAUCCAAAGCGUACACCACAGGAACAAGGAAACGAAGAAAGGUGCAUAGUGAGAUUGAUGGGAGCGAGACUAGAUGGCAUAAAACUGGUAAGACGAGGCCAGUUUUUCUGAAAACAAAAGUUAAAGGCUACAAGAAGAUACUUGUGCUUUACGCUAACUAUGGGAAGCAAAAAAAGCCAGAAAAAACGAAUUGGGUAAUGCAUCAAUACCAUUUGGGUAACAAUGAAGAUGAAAAAGAAGGUGAAUUGGUUGUAUCUAAGAUUUUCUACCAAACACAGCCUAGACAAUGUGGCUCCAACGUUGUCAAAGACAAUAUAAUAUCUCCCCUUGUGAAAUCAAAUGGUCGAAAUGCACAUGAAGUUACUCAUGCUACUAAUAAUACCACCUUCGUCGAGUACUUCAGCCCCUCGCUCGUUUCUUACCAGCAAAAUCUUCAACAACAUGAUCAUGAUUUGAAUUUUCAUGAUGGAUCUUCGGUUGUACCAUGA